UGUCUUUGUCCUCUUCUUUGCAUUCUUCUAAUCCUAUUAAAUCUGUUGUUCAUUUGACAUUCUAAAUGCGAGAGAUUAAAUUGGUGACUCAAGUAAUUUCACAUCCAUUGUAGUUUUGUUGUGACACACUUAAGGCAUUGCCUCAUUAGUUAUCUCGAACAGUGUCUGUUUAAUGGUUUUUAAGAAGAAAAAGGAAGGUUUCUCGAACUUGAACCCAGAAUGUUUUUAUACCAUUCCAAGCCUUGAUCAGGAAUGUUCAACACACUUAAUAGGAGGAUGCCGAUAAUCUUGUGAUGCCUAUCAAUUAGGCAGUCGCGUGCUGGCCAUCCUGCUGUGACUGAAGUAGCAUGUCUGUUGACUGCUUGCUGCUUAUUGGAAGAGGUCAUGCAGUACCAGAACGGGCAUGGUUAACAAACACUUUAAAUACAAGUAAAGGUCUUCAAGUGACAAAGUUAUUUGUAUACUCAAAGUAUACAUUUUUACUAAUUGGCAUUUCGUUUUUUACAGAAGGCCUAAGGACCUGGCUUAGCACCACUCAGAGAAAGUUCUCUACAGCCAGUGAACCAAAAGUGAUUUGGAUAAUUCAAAAUUACUUUCUGUUAUGAACUAAACUAUUGCGACAAGACAGAACAGAAGUUGUUCUUAAUGGGAUUAACAAUAUACACAAUGCAACAUGCAUGCAUUCGCACAGUACAUUUACCGUACAGUCUGCCAUUGAGCAGAUAUUCUUAUGCAGAGCAACAUAUACAGCUAAUCCAUUUAACAUGCCACCCUGCUAUACAGCUGGACAGCUGUCCCGCCUGGACUACUGCAAUUCCCUCUUGGCUGCCCUCCCAGCGUCCGCCAUCAGACCCCUCCAACUUAACCAGAAUGCAGCAGCUCGUCUGGUCUUCAACCUUCCCAAAUACUCACACGUCACCCCCCUGCUUACUUCCCUCCACUGGCUGCCUGUCAUGGCUCGCAUCAAAUUCAAAACAUUGGUGCUAGCCUUCCAAGCAGUUAAGGGGUCUUCCCCAGCUUACCUACAAAAAAUCAUCAGACCCUAUACCCCUGCCACACCUCUUCGUUCCGCCUCCACAGGCCGCUUGGCCCCCCCCCCCUCUCCGAACCUCCACCUCACGCUCACGACUACUGUCUGUUCUGGCUCCACGGUGGUGGAACGAACUCCCCGUUGAGGUCAGAACUGUAGAAUCUCUCCCCACCUUCAAGCGCAAACUGAAGACGCACCUCUUCAAGCAGCACCUCUCCCCAUCCCUCCCUACCUCCCUGUGAACCUUAAUUGUUGUCUUUGUGAUUUACGUAGUGUUUCGGUAUUUUUAGUUGGCUAGGUAAGCAGUAUUUGGAUAGUUAAGUUUGGUCACUUUUGCUUUGUUGUUUGUUUGUUUAUUUGUUGAUUAUAUUGUGGCACCCCUGCUCCUGCAUGUUGUGCCACGUGGGUGGAGAACCCUGGAGGGGCCCGUGCAGGUCAACCGCGCAGACGUCACGCAUUGGGAGAGGUGUGCGAAGGAGUAUAUCUGCCUAGAGAGGUGAUGGGGAGAUCAGCACCUUGGAGAGAGAUCCCUCUACCUGCGGUCCAGGACCCCGGACAGCGCACCUGUGCCCACCCUCUGCACCUCAGGAUCCACCCCGAGGCACCACAUAUGGUGGAGAAUGCCGGCAGACUGAUGCCACGCUGUGGAAGCUGAUCUGGGCCGAAGAACCAACACGGGUGAGAAUUGAGUGAAUGGAAGCCACACCCCUUGGGGAAGAGCGACGAAGGAGACGAUUGGCUGCCCCUACUCUCGCUGAGAUGCAAGACGCGGAAGCAGAGGAGGGCUCCCGAGGGAUGAUGGAAGCGGCCAUCACUGAGCUGGCGAGGUCCCAGCGGGCCCUGCAGGAAGCGGUGGUCGAACUCUGCCGCCUAUCCCCCCGUGACGGAUCGAGACGAACCCCCCGAGAUGCGUUGACAAAGAUGACAGCUGAUGAUGACGUUGAGGCGUACCUCCAGGUGUUUGAGCGCGCCGCUCAACGUGAAGAAUGGCCACAGGCAGACCGGGCGGCCAUACUAGCCCCCUUCUUGACGGGGGAGGCCCAACAGGCCUAUCGAGAUAUGGACAUGGCUGACGCCACCGACUACCUCAAGUUGAGGAGAGCCAUCCUAGCCCGAUAUGGGUUCAGCCUAACUGCCCGAGCCCUGCGAUACCACGAAUGGUCCUAUGACGCCUCCCAGCCUGCCCGGUCCCAAAUCGCCGCCCUGACCCACCUGACCAAGAGCUGGCUGGCUGAGGGAGAGGGGCCACCCCUGUUGGAGAGGGUGGUGUUGGACAGAUGCACCCGCGCUCUACCCAGGGAAGCCAAACGGGAUGUAGCCCAGGUGGGACCCGCCUCCGUAGAACUACUAAUGGGCCUCCUCGAAAACCAUCAGGUCACUCAGAAGAUGCUCCAACCUGAACGCACCAAAACCCCAAGCCGCCCAGUUAGGUGCCCAGCACAUGUGAAGCACCCACCAGCCUGCCCUGACCCAAAUCGGCGGGGCAGGGAGACCACGGCCAGAGUGGAGAUGCUAUAACUGUGGAGAGGAGGGGCAUCUAGCCAGGAACUGCCCCGGGAGGGAGGUGUCCAUGCCCACCGCCAGGGGUUCGAGCAGCCCAGCGCACCCCUGCCUGUACCUGACCACCUGCUGGGCGCACCAGAGUACGGAGGCCCCCAGGUUCCCGAUACGAGUAGGGGGACAGGACACUGUAGCAGUGCUUGAUUCGGGCAGCGCCAUCACCCUAGUAAGACCAGAGUUUGCGGGAGAAAAGAGGGGUGAAGAGGUGGCCGUGGCGUGUAUCCUUGGGCUGCCCACCAGAACCCCCUACCAGUCUGGGCCGCGACGUCUGGGGACAGUGAAGGAGAGGCCCUGCCACCAGAGAGGGAACCCAGCACCCCGGGCCGCCAGUGGAACCGUCAGUGCAUCCGAGAAAGAGCUUGGGGAGGCCCUGCCCCCGGAGAGAGACGUCCGUCUAGCCUUCUCGGAGGGCCCCCAAGAGGUGAGGCCGAAGCACCCACCCGCUUUGGCACUGCCCAACUACACGAGCCAAAGUUCGCUCAGGCCUGGAGAGAUGCCCGAGACAUUAACGGGGUACCACAAGGGCCGUUGAGUACACCAUCGUAUCCCUUAUCCCUUCUGUGUUGCGGCCCCACCAGAGGUAUGCGGCAGCCUACCUGGAUGACAUCGUCAUCCACAGCACCGACUGGGACAGCCAUGUCGACAAAGUCGAAGGUCCCUGAGGGAGGCCGGGCUGAUGGCUAACCCUGCAAAGUG